UGUCAGCGCGGCUCCCGUCUUGGGACAGUUAAUGAGAAACCGAGCGCUUCACCAGUCGAACCGCUCCACGCUUACCGGACACCGAGCUCCACCGGAGAGACGACCCUCACCUCCGCAGCGCAGACUGCAUCUAACCUUCAGAGGCAUCAAGUCUAUCUACGUCCCAGUGCCACACUCUUCGUAGCAUUUCCAUGUUGAAGGUGACCUGAUCGCCACUCAUUUGCCCAUUGGUCCAUCCCAUGUCUGAGGACAGUGAUCCAAAGCACUACCUGUACUCAACCCUGGACAGUCUAGAGCGGAACCGGGAAAGGGUCAGCUUUCACCUGGAGGAAGAAUCAGGCUCUCCCUGCGGCACCAUUAGCCAACUUCACCAUAUGGCCAACAGUUACAACGAGGGUUGUGGGCGGCGGGAUGGGGUCAAGCUGGAACCACAGCUGGGUUUGGCCUCCGAGGGGAGCGACAGCAGCCAUGAGCACCCGGCCUCGGCAGGCUCCCCUCACGACGAUAGGAAGCGGUCGCGCCCAACCUUAGACGAAGAUGUAGAGAUGGGUGGGAGCGGCUCAAGUGGGAGCGGGACAGAAUCCCACGGUAACGAAUCGCACGGCAAUGAUUCCCAUGGCAAUGAAUCUGUGGGCAGCUCUAGUGGCAAUGGCAAGGAUUCGGCCCUCCAUGAGUCAUCAGCAAGCAACAAGAGCUCAAACUCUCACAGCCCGUCGCCGCCUAGCAGCUCCAACGCCUUCAGUCUGGUGAGCUCCGAGCAGGACAACCCGUCAACCAGCGGCUGCAGCAGCGAACAGUCGGCCAAAGCUAAGACUCAGAAGGAGCUUUUCAAGACCCUCAAGGAGCUAAAGAUGCACUUGCCAUCGGAGAAAAGGAGCAAGGGCAAGUCCAGCACCAUCAACACGCUCAAGUAUGCGCUGCGAUGUGUCAAACAGGUGAAAGCCAAUGAGGAAUACUACCAGAUGCUGAUGAUCAACGACAGCCAGCCAUCAGGGUUUGAUGUAUCAUCCUACACCAUUGAGGAAAUCAACCGCAUCACAUCUGAAUACACCAUGAAAAACAAUGAUAUAUUUGCAGUUGCCGUCUCUCUCAUCACGGGAAAGAUUGUUUACAUCUCAGACCAGGCGGCGUCCAUUUUGAACUGCAAGCGGGAACGGUUCAACAAUGCCAAGUUUGUGGAGUUCCUAACGCCACAGGACGUCAGCGUGUUCUACAGCUUCACCACGCCCUAUCGGUUGCCCUCGUGGAGCAUGUGCACUGGAGCAGAGUCGUCUCCCACGGAGUGCAUGCAGGAGAAGUCCUUCUUCUGCCGCAUCAGUGGAGGUAAGGAGCGUGAAGGGGAUCUUCAGUAUUAUCCCUUCCAUAUGACUCCCUACCGCAUGAAAGUCCAGGACGCUGAGCUGGCUGAGGAACAGUUCUGCUGCCUCCUGCUGGCUGAAAGGGUGCACUCCGGAUAUGAAGCUCCCAGAAUCCCCCCUGACAAGCGCAUCUUCACCACCACACACACGCCUAACUGUGUGUUCCAGGAUGUGGAUGAGAGGGCUGUUCCUCUGUUGGGUUACCUCCCCCAGGACCUGAUCGGGACCCCUUUGCUGCUCAAUCUGCACCCAAGUGAUCGACCCUUAAUGCUGGCUGUUCACCGCAAGAUUCUUCAGUGUGCUGGUCAGCCCUUCGACCACUCCUCCAUCCGUUUCUGUGCACGCAAUGGAGAGUACAUCACCUUAGACACCAGCUGGUCCAGCUUCGUCAACCCCUGGAGCCGCAAGGUCUCCUUCAUCAUUGGCAGGCACAAAGUCCGGAUGGGUCCUGUGAAUGAAGACGUUUUUGCAGUGCCUGAUUUCCACGGAGGGAAGAUCAUGGACUCGGACAUCCAGGAAAUUGGUGAACAGAUCCACAGGCUGCUGCUCCAGCCGGUCCACAAUACAGGCUCCAGCGGUUAUGGUAGCCACGGCAGCAACGGUUCUCACGAGCAACUUGUGAGCAUCAGCUCGUCCAGCGAGAGCAACGGGAACAUGACCCAGGGGAUCGCAGUGGAGGAGACGGGCAAGGCCAAGCCGCCCAGGACAUUCCAGGAGAUUUGUAAAGGGGUCCACAUGCAGAAGAACCAUGAUUCCCAGGUCUGCUUGCACUCCCCCUCAUCACUGCCAAGCAAACAUGAGCAGAAGAAGACCACUGAUGCAGCUCAGAAGAGUCCACUAGUGCGUCUGAAGGACUCUGCGCCCCAUCUGCAGGUCAGAGACAGUACUGCAGCCGCCACGGAGGACUUCACCUGCAAGGACCAGAAUCUUUGCUCCUACCAGCAGAUCAGCUGCCUCGACAGUGUCAUCAGGUACCUGGAGAGUUGUAACAUCCCCAUCACUGUGAAGAGGAAGUACGAGUUCUCCUUGAACACCACCUCCUCCAACUCAGAUGAUGGCAAGAAGGGCUCAGAGGAAGCCAUGCAAAUGGCUCAGGAUACCAACACAGAUCCUUUGAUGAUGGACGCCAAGCCCGGCCUGUCAAACAUGAAAGCACCUAAAAAGCCUCAAUCUGGGGCCGCUGCAGUGGUAGGAGGCCCCCUGGCCCCCCUCACUCUACCCAGCAAGGCUGAUAGUGUGGUGUCCAUCACCUCGCAGUGCAGCUACAGUAGCACCAUUGUUCAUGUGGGAGACAAGAAGCCUCAGCCAGAGUCUGAGAUAAUCGAGGAUAUGGCAGAGAGCCCAGCGCCUCCAGCUCUGCCCGUCAGCAUGGUGUCUCCGCUAAGCCAGGAAAAGGAAGCCUACAAGUGGCUGGGACUGACCAAGCAGGUGCUGGCAGCACACACACAGAAAGAAGAGCAGGCCUUCCUCAGCCGCUGCAGAGAACUCUGCAACGUCAGGAGCUUCCAGAAGGACUCUUCCAAAUAUCUGCACAUGCAAAGAGGCCAAGCCAACGCUGAAGAAUCCUCUGGUCUUCGAGGGGCUGUCAAACAUGGCACCACCAGACCUGAGACCAACGCUAAGAAGGGCAACCGCAGCAGGAAGUCAAAGAAGCCACGAAUGAAGCAUCCCGAUUCGUCAGACAGCGCCGCGUCUAACCGCAAACCCAGGCCCCCUCUCCAGGGACUCAACCAGACCUCGUGGUCGCCGUCGGAAGCCUCUCAGUCAGCUUUUAGCGUCUCCUACCCUGCCAUGGUGCCUGCAUACCCGCUCUACUCCCCAGCACCCGCUGCCCCCCCUCAGCCCCCUCGUCUUGACCCAUCACUUUCCACAGGCUUUGGAGAGGGUCAGAGCACUCAAGCCCCGCCCACAGCCACUCCGUUCCCCACUCCUAUUGUUACACCAGUGGUGGCUCUGGUUCUGCCAAAUUACCUCUUUCCGCAAAUAGGACCAAUAGGACCAAUAGGACCAAUAGGGCAGCUGGGGGCUGCUCCCAGUCCAGCGUUUUUUCUUGAGCAGUCCCAAACGCAACCUGCGUAUACUACCCAGCAGCCCUUUCAGCCCCCGCAGACAGCAUACACCAUGCAAACACAACCCCCCUUUGCUAACCAACAGCCGUUCCCUGUGCACACUGCCUUUACCCCCCAGCAGCCAUUCCAAGUGGCUCAGACCGCCUACACUACACAGCAGCCUUUCCAGGCCCCUCAGACUGCCUACCCUGCCCAGCAGCCCUUCGCUGCCCAGCCUUCUUUCCCCAUGCAGACUCAGUUUGUCGCUCAAACCCCUUAUCCAGCGCAACCUUUCUCCUACAGCCUAGGCCCAGAGCCCCCCAAAGUCCCAGCCGUGGAGUCUCGAGAAGGGGCGGCAUCACGCUCCUCCACCCCGGUCUCUGGGAACCGGGAGCCAGCAGCUUCACCACCGCUGUUUGAGUCGCGGUGUAGCUCACCUCUGCAGCUCAAUCUUCUGAGCAUGGAGGAGGGGCAGCGGUCUAUGGAACAUCAGGACAGCACAGCGGCCUCUGCUGGAUGCCAGGGCAGCAGCACAGCAGCAGCAUCAGGAGCCAGGGCAGUAGGGGAGAAGAACGGCUGCACGGUUAACCAUCAACAGGUGGAGUCUCCAGGAGAUGGGGCUCACAGUGAGGGUAACUCCUCGUCCUGCGACUUGCUGGACAUCCUGCUGCAGGAGCAGGAAGACUCUCACUCCGGCACUGGAUCAGCCACGUCUGAAUUCAUGGGCUCAGGAUCAGGAUCGCGAUCGGGCUCUGGAUCGGGCUCUGGAUCGGGAUCAGGAUCGGGAUCAGGAUCAGGAUCGGGCUUGGGCUGCAACGGCUGUGGUACCUCAGCGAGCGGAGCCUCUGGCAGCAGAACAGGGAGCAGCCACACCAGCAAAUACUUUGGCAGCGUUGACUCCCUGGAAAACGACCCCAAGACGAAGGCCAAACACAAGGCUAGGAGCAAAGAAGGCUCUGAAGUGUGCCAGUCGCAGGCCAAAGUCUCUACGCAAGGGGAAGGAGAGCAUUUAAUCAAAUACGUUCUCCAGGAGCCCCUCUGGCUGCUAAUGGCUAAUGCUGACGACAAGGUCAUGAUGUCAUAUCAGAUGCCAUCGAGGGACAUUCAGAAGGUUCUGCGGGAAGACAAGGAGCGACUGAGGCAGAUGCAGAAGACCCAGCCCCAUUUCUCCUCAGACCAGCGACGAGAGCUGCUGGAGGAACACCCCUGGAUAAGGAGGGGAGGUCUGCCUGCUGCUGUCAAUGUUAAGGAGUGUGUGUACUGUGAGGACACAGUAGGGACGCCCAUCGAGGAGGACAUGCUGGACAUGGACAUGGAAGACUUGAGCGAGCAGCUGAGCCGAGGGGGUCAGAACAAACAGAACCAGUCAAAGGAUUCUCAACCUCGACCAUACUCCUGCUCCUGAACAGACAUUUACCCUCACGUCGCCAGCAGGGGGACACAAAAGACUUGACUAGCCCUGGAUCCUCAUGAUGCACAGACGCACACACAUCGUGUGAGAUGUGCCUCUCCUCACAGAAACAUACAUACAAGCAAACAAGCAGAACUUAUGAUGAUAUGCUUUGUUUGUGUGUAUGAAUGUGUGUGUACUUUACAUAGGGUUGCUAUUGGAGUGCAGUUUUUUGUGCACCCACACAGGGGGCAGUAGUGCUUUAUAGUACUUUGUUCAGCUCACACACCAACACUCUGAAAUGGUCCAGGGUGUGUGGCUGAUGACCUUUUAACCUCUGAGAUUUUUUAUAAUCCAAUCCUCGCUGUCAGAGGCUGAGCUUUACAGCAAAAUGAAGGGUUAUUAUCAAAAGAAAUGUCUAAGUUGAUAGACAGUGGACCUAUUUUAAAUACAAAUAUCCUAAAUUAGAAAUAUAUAUGAAUUAGAAAUGUUAUUCUGACAAAAUAGUUGUCAUUAAACAACAAUUUCAAGGUGUUCCCACCGUACCCUCUGUUUUCCCAUCAGGAAGUAGUAGACUAGUUGUGGUGCUCAUUGGAUGAUGUAAUAUCCAGGCACUCAGCGGUGGUUGCACUUUACUCAGCAGCAGUUUACAACGCGUGUAAACUCAACGAUGACAAUCUGACACCUAGUGCAAAUCUGAUCUUAGAUCAAAUCUUAUUUAUUUUUUACCAGAUGAUGUAUGAAGUAGUUAUUUUGAAGCUAAAGCCAAAUCCACUCAGCUGAAAGAUGGUACUCACGAGCACAGUUUACAUGUGUUAAGAAUUAACACAAUAGGAUAUUUAAAGUCACUUCAGUCUGUAACUAAAAACUGUUGUGGACCACUGCAGACCUUAAAACAGCAUGAAGAGGUGGGCGUCAUCACAGCUUCAGAAGCUGCUGAAAAGAAUUUUUGUUGCAUUAAAAACAAUCUACGUCAUAAUGUCGAUGAUGCACAACAGGACCGACAGGAUGUAGAGACUUAAGGCUGCCAAUCAAGUUCAAAGCUCAAGAAAUGUUUAUUUUUUCUAAGAUCCAAGAUCCAUUUUCUUUUCACCUCCACUUUGUAUCUAAGUGAUGCAGCCUGUUUCCUUUUUAUAGAUAGAAAUAUUUAUAAUAUAUAUAUAUAUAUAUAUAUACACUUGUAAAAUUAUGUAAAUAAAUAUUAUUGUUCUGUCUGUAUGGUGCAGCUCUACUACAAAAUGUCAUUUUUGAACAAAUCAUUACCAUUUUAGGGAUUUAUUCAUUAUGCAAAGUUACAUUGCCUCCAACUGCACCCUUUUUAGAUUAGUUUCUGUGGAUUGGACUUCAUCUCCGCACUGAGAAACCUUCUUUUUUCUACUAUACUGGCAUAGUUCAAGGGCCACCAUGAGGACUCCCAGUCAUAAGUCUCUGCAGGUGCCAUAGUACAGCUUCUUGAAUGCUGCGAAAGCAGUUUGACGCCGGGGUGAACGCUGAGCUCUGACGUCGUGUUUCGUGGUGGGACACAGCUUCAUGGUUGUAGCACACAAGGGGGACCAUGUUGGCGUCAGUGAGCUUCUGUAGAAACCAGGCUUACUCAGGAAAUGGCACCCGCGCCGCCCCCCUCGCCAUCCAACAGUUAGUAGUGAAGAAACUGUGGUCCACGUUGACUGUGUAGUUGAUGUGAACAGUGUGAGAACUGGGAACAACUGGUGCUAAGGGAGAGAAACAAACAGUCAGGGCAGGGCCUUUGAAUGUAACACAGACUGGACCCAAGAAGUUUGUGUCUUUUUUGUUUUGUUUAAAAUUUUUAUUUCCUGUUCACUUUCAGAACUUUUUUUUGUAUUGCUCUAUUUUUUUUACUUUGUCUUGUGUUUUAUGUUAUUGGUCUUAUGAAGGAAAGACGCUUUUUUUGUUUCCGUCAUUGGGGAUGCACCUUACCUCUAACAAAUCCCAGGUCAUGUUACUGUAAGCAGAACACCGCGUGUAUGCAUGUCGGCAAAGCACAGCGGACGGAUACUUGUGUAAUUCCCGUGAGCCACAAGAGUUUGUCUUGUUGACUCCUGCUGUUCCUAUGGAUGGUGGCAAAGAGAAAACAGGGCCCCGCAACCACCUUUACCAGCUGCAGUCUAUCUCCGUCUUUGUCUUCUCGUGUGCGAUAUAUGUCAAAGGGGCCGGGCCUCCAACACUCACCUGUGUCUAAACCAGGGAGAAUGCAAGAAUGUAAUUUAAUUCACGUCUGAGCUGAAGUGUGGGAAUGAGAUGUGAACGCAGGGAGUGAAGCCGCACGUGUUUUUUUAGCCUUACUUUUCUCUUAAGGCCUCACAAUGAGGGAAAUGCAUUUAAAGUGCAAUACACACUGGUGGGCUGUUGGAAGCACCCUGAUCUGUAAAUGCAAACAGCUCUGGCACAUGAUGUCGUGUGUGGUCUUAUAAAUUGGUUUCAUUGCCGCUGUAUGAAUCUGUGGUUUAUUAAACUAGCACAGUUCUGUGCAUUUUUUUGUAGUUCAAAUGUGUUGUUUGACACGUGGAAACAAUGUUGUAAUAAAAACUACAGAAAUAUG